CAACCAUCGAAAAUGGCCGUUUUGGGAAUGCACAAACUGAGCAGCAUCAAAUCGAUGAAGUUACUGGUUUGCCUGAUUGGUGUAACUUCGUUCCUGCUACUAAUAUUCUGUCUCUACACAACAAUCAGCACACCGGAAAAGGAAGUGGCUCCACUUUCGCUACCGAACGAUGGCUACCAGAACGUUGUGUCGUACGAGUUGCGACGCAGCCAAACUAUCAUACCGGAGAAGUACAACGAGCAUCAGGUUAAGGCGCGCAUUAUCCGGGACAAAAUCAAGCGUUUGGUGGGCAACAACAAUCCUAUUACUGCUACUGGACCACCGUCGGAACAUCGCAACCGGACCUUCCCGCUGAAUCGCAACGUACAGAUCUUCUACCACGGUACGGUUGCAUGGUACAAACCACGUCCAACGCAUCCAUCCGGUGAUCGAUUGAUUGCGCGUAUUUACGAAAACAACUCCGUAUCGUUUAAACCGAACGACGAACCGAUCAUCAAUACUGCAUUCUAUCCCAAGAGACGGUUGUACAACACGAGCGAAUCGAUCAUACGCGAACACUUUAACGAGAUACAAAACUGUGGCAUCGGCACGGUGAUCCUCGGAUGGCAACCCAACUUUUCCGAGUACUUGUUGCGUACGAUCUUCAAAGUGGCGGAUAUGUACGAUCUUAAGAUAGCGAUCGAAAUUCUCGAAUACUCCGACCGAACUAUCGAAAGUAUACGAAGCAACAUCAAGUAUUUUGUGGAUGGAUUUGGCAAAGGUCCGGCAGGGACGAGUAGUACGCUAAGCUACUACAACGUGCUGUCGAAAAAGCGUGAUCUGCCAUUAUUCUACAUACGCAAAGCGUAUCGUAUUAUGGACCCAGAAUGGAAGCGACUGCUUAGUCGCAACGGAAUCCUUACUAUACGGGGAGCAAAUUACGACGCUAUCUUGCUAGCACAUAUCACCUCGAAGGACCACAAAUCCAUGAUCCGACGAGCAGGCUUUGAUGGGUUCUAUACGUACCUUCCCAGUAACGGGGCAAACUAUGCCGCUACGUGGAAAAACUGGAACCAGCUGAAGAAGUUUGCGGAUAGCUAUCGGCUACUGUUUGUUCCGACCAUCGGACCCGGAUUUUACGAUCGUCGAAAGUAUCAUCGCAAUGUGAAUCAGAACCAUGGCAUUACGAACAUCAAACGGUACCGCUCGAACGGUCAAUACUUUGACGUUGGAUGGCGAACGUCGCUCAAGAACAAUCUACAGAUCAUCACCAUCAACAGCUACAACAACUGGGUCGAUGGAACGCAGAUAGAGGCGGCCAUACCAGUGUUCGGGUUCCGUGACUAUCUGCCCGGACCGCCGGAAAAGUAUCUCGACCUGACGCAGUCCUGGGUGGAGGAGUACAUCAAGUACAAGCUGAACAACAUCAAGCUGAACAAGAAGACGGAGCUGACGCUGAAUUGUUACGAUUUCAUUAACAGUACUAUUUGUUAG